GGGAAGCGGUGAGGCUCAGAGGCAACUUCACUUCAAAAUGUGAAUUCUGAAAGUCAUCAGCGCCUGCUCCUGAUGGAAGUACAAACGGAGCGAAGGAACAAAGGCCACAAAAAAGAGCGAGGAGGAAAUCCAGCGGUGACACAUCUGGGCGAUAUGAUGGACUUUCAUCUGAUGCGUAGCCGUAGGACGUGACGACCACUGAGACGAUGGAGGACGACCCCGAAGCUCACCACCCGACGGAGGAGGACACUGGGGUGGAUGUUCAGAGCAGACAGACUAAAGCUGAGCCGGACAGCAGCAGCAGCAACACAGCCAGCUGGUUGAAUGGUCAGUGCGUUCUGGCCAUGCCGAGUCGGUCCAUGUUCAACCCGACCUUCGAUCUGUCUCUGUGCCGCACCGUACUGGAGCGAGACGGCUUUCAGAUUCCCGUGGCGGACAUGGAGGCUCCCCUGAGGGCGGCUCUGGAGGUCCCGGCCGUCAGGAGAUACAUGGUUUUCAACUCGGCCAUCUUUCACUUCAUCAUGGCUCCGGUGCUGUAUAUGGUGGUGUGGUGCGCCGUCUUCUCCACCCUCCACCUCUACAUCGCCGUCAGUGACUACUGGGUCCUCUGUCUGUCCGUCAGCCUCGUCUCCAUCUUCCUCACCUCCGCCAUCAUCUUCAUCCUCCACCGCAGCAACAAGGAGAUCAACCUGAAUUUAGAUGUGCGGUUAGUCCAGGUGAACGAGAGGAUGGCGAAACACAAGCUGCUGGUGGGAGUGGCCGACUGGGUGCAGAACUGCACUGGAAGCAUGAAGUUGUACUUUGUUUAUUGGGACAUGUCGCAGUGUUUGAGGGCGCUGACUGAAACUUUAGAGGAGCAGAGCUUCACCUCGUCCGACAUCCAGAAAAAAAUGAAGAAGAAAAUGUCACACCUGGUCCUGGUGAGUGAGGUCGGUGGACAGGAGGAGCCGCAGGAGCAGCAGGAGGAGCAGGAGGAGCAGGAGGAGGGCGGCGAGGAGGAACAGAGACCCCUGCUGAGAAACCAGGACGCAGGCUGCAGUACCACGUCCAGCCAGCGGGGGAACUCCGAAGUCACCACCAGCUACAGCCUCGUCCCUGAUGUGACUUUACCUGCUCAGGAAAGAGCGUUCCAGCUUCUGAUGACCUACAGCGCAGCGUACGUGAAGCUGCUGGUGUCGGAGAGGCUGCCCGGACAGUCACACCACCAUCUGCCCCUCCAGGGGAACCACUGCUCCACCGCGCCGCUCUGCCUCUGCCAGUACCUCAAGAAGAAGAUCCUCCAGUGACUCAGCUGCAGACCAGGAAGUGAGGGCCGCUGGGACUUCACGGCUCUCUGUGGGUCCUCAGACUCAACAGAGUCCUUGAUUCGAGGCUAAAACUCUGGAUUUUUGUGUCUUCGGCCAUUGGACUGCUGCUCCUCGACCUCGCCGAGCGUUUGCACCACCUGCGUGUUUGCUCAUUUGCACGUUGCCAAACUGACGACACAGGUCCAGCUGCUGUCGAACAAUAUUUAUACUCCUGUACACACAACCGCCACAAACACAGUCUCUGCUUCCUCAUGUCUAAAUUAUUCCCACAUUGUAAAUAAACACAGAUUGUGGUGAUCUGAUAUGCUGUAUAUUCCACUCCCAUGCUGUUCUUUUGCUUGUUUACUUGAGGAAAAAUGGUUUUCACUUGAAAAAUUCCCAUUUUUUUUUAAGCCUAGACUUCACUGUACACGACAGAUUUUUCUAUUAAACUCAAGGUGUUGUCGAACA